AUGAUGGUGAUACAAUACGGUACUGUUUCCAAACUGUACGAUUGUAAUCACUGGUACAAAAUCGCGAGACUGGUUGAAGAUUUUAUUAGUACACCCAGUAAUAUUUCAUUUAGUGCUAUUCCUGUUCAAUUUCUCCUCCAACUUAUCAUCGAACUGCCUAUCGAACAAUCUUGUAUACCGAUUACAGUCGGACAAACCUUCACAUCACGAUUAGUUGUUAUUAAUGAUUGUGGUUCUAAUGUAAACAUUUCCGAUAUUGCUACUUUUUCGUUAUCCGGCAUGGUUCAGAGUAAUAUCAUUCGAGAUAAUUUAACCAACUAUUGUAAGGCACUGACGUGGACAUCAACUGUGUCUCAAAUAGGUUUUCAGGCCACGUGUACUAUGGCAGUGGAUACGUAA